AUGACAGGCAAUGCUAUACCCCCCUUCCUCUGGCUCUCUCUAUAUAAAGUGAGUGCUGCUGGGGGACCUCAGACACAGAGGAUCAGCUCAAUGGAAUCCUCCAGGAUGCACCUGGCAAUCAGCCUGCUGACUUCUACCUUCCUAGUGUUACUGCUCAGAGCCAACUGUGAGGACUCAGACUACCUGGAGCCCAGAGCCCUGGACUUCUACUCUCCUAUAGAGAACCCCUACCAUGAGAAGGAGCUGGUGAGUACUGGCAUGGCAUUGAACAAAAGGUAGAUCCCCAGCUACUAGCACCACAUGGAGAAAGCUACAGAUAUACUUAUAGCCAGCUUUACCUAUAGCUUUUAUUAUAACCUGUACCCAUAUAUCUAUUGUCCUCUUGUUUAACUUGUGAAGUGGUGAUGGCGUUUAGCUUCCCACCUGUUAUUAGCUUGUUCUGUUCAGAUUUUGGGAUUUAAUGGAAAGGGCUGGUUGCUUUAAGUUUAAUCUGAACACAUUGUAACAUAGACUGACAGUUACUGAAUGCAUGGGACAAGCUUCCUCAAGCACUCAUCAUCCCUAUAUGUUAAUUUAAAGUCAUGGAAACACUGCCAGGGUUUAUAUUUAAACCAUGGAUAUUAUUUUGCUGAUUUCUUACUAGAGCAAGUUUUCUUUAGCCAGUAUGAACAUGUUAACCUUAAAAUAACCCUUAUUACACAGUUACACGGUUGGAAAGAGACUUGAGUGAUCUAAAUGAAUGCAAGAAAACCCCAGCUUGAAGCGCUUCCAAUUUUGCAACAAUAUACCGAAUGCUUUUAUCAUGAUGCGACCUGAUGAUGAUGUAACCAUUACAUCAGCGCUGCGGAAUAUGUUGGCGCUUUAUAAAUGCCAGUAAUAAAAGUAAACACGUGGGUCUGUGAGAGAUUUUGGUGUCUAUUCACUGACCACUGGAAAGGCAGCCGAAUGCCAUCUGAUUGUGAAAAUUCAACGGUUUUAACUGAAUGUAACCAAGUUGGCUAUUUAUAAAAAGUGAAUUUGGGUCUUGCAACUGAAUUGUCAGUUCUGUUUGGCUCAGUUCAAUUGCUGGCUGAGAUGACUAAAUUCCAUGUCAUUUCACUGAUUCAGCUAUUAAUAAACAGCCGAAUUGUGACCCAAAUUCUUUGAUCCAGUUUUCCUUAAACAUAUAGCACCCACCGAUCACCACAAGCCCCCCUAACCCUAGGUCAACCUAAAACAUUAUAAAUCUCUCGUAUGCCUAUUACAAUACAUCCCCAAAUCAUCCCCCUACACUUACCUUUGUAGUAUUGUGUUCCUUGAAGCACUGACAUUUAGCCCCAUUGCAGCUGUAAUUCAGUUGAGCUGUUUUCAAAUCUGAAUCGAAAGAUUGAAUUGAGAAUUAACAUAGCAGGGAUCCAUUGGACUCGUUUUGCUUAGCAUUUGGUUGAUAGUGAGUACAGCGAACCUUACAAUGAAAUUUACUGAAUUUGCUUUAGGAAACUCACUAUUUAGUAAAUAGACCCUUUUGUUUCCGUGCUUGGCCGAGUGUGAUUUUUAUUUUAUUAUUAUCGACAUUUAUAUAGCGCCAACAGAUUCCGUAGUGCUUUACAAUAUUACGAGAGGGGGAGAUCUAACAAUAAAUAAGACAGUUGCAAAAAACUUACAGGAACGAUAGGUUGAAGAGGGCUCUGCUCAAACGAGCUACCAGUCUAUAGGGUUAGUUAUCACAUUAAUCUUGAGGAUUCCAGCUGUUUCGGAAUGGAACGUGGAACAUUUGAAAUAUUAAUUUAAUAAAUAACAAAUUGUUGCUUUUCCUUUAAUCUUACUGUAAAAUUACGAGACGUUCUUUUCUUAAAUCAGUCAGCGACAAGGGCGUAUAUUUUUCUAUAUUCUUCUCUCUUUCAACUUCUCCAUGUCUUGCACCCUAUCUCUCUCCUUUCCUUCCUUUGUUCUUCUACUAUCUCCCCUUUAUUAUUAAAAGUCAAACUAUGGCUGAGGGUUUGAUCAUUCUUAUCAAUAACAUUUUGUUAUGCACUUUUGUGACCUUCUGUUAUUUUAUUAUACUUUUAUUAACAGGGUUAUUCAAGAAAGUGAGAAUUGUCAGGAAGUCAAGGUCAAUUUCAAAUUUAAUACCAAAUCGGUAAACUGGGAAAAUUCAGGUCUGCUCCCAUUCUGACUAUUUUGAUCUGAAAUGUUAAAUUUAGUUUGAAUUCACUUUGAAUUUCUAACAAUUCUCUGUUAGUCAGUAAGCUUGUUAGUGUUUAGACUUCUGUAUUUUCGUACAAUAAAUAAAGCCUAAAUAAAACAUUUAAUAGCAAAAAACAAGCAGGUCGGUAACAAAAUAUAUUCCCAGCUGUUAGAGAACACUUCGUCACAUUGUUACAAAAUAUCCCACCUGAUUAAAAGCUCCAUGCUAGCUAUAAAUAUAUAUAUUUACAUAAGAGAAAUGGUAACAAACAUUUUGGCACUGUUGAUGCUGUUGACUACAUUUCCCAUGAUGCAUUAAAAGCAGUUUGUUCACUAGAGCCACCUGUGGUUCCUAGCAGUCAGUCUCUUGUGGAAUCCUAUACAAAGUGGACUGAAGAUGUUACAGUGUUUAAACAGAAUUCUUACACCAUCAGAAAGAAAUAAUAGGAGCUGAAUUGCAAAAUUUAGGCUGAAAUUGCAAACCUGUGACUGUAGCGGAGUUAGAUAAUUUUCCCAAGUCAGCUAUUUUUGUCUCAGUUUUGAAGUUCGGUUUUCAGUUCACUACAAUUUGCUGUUUAGUGACAAAGCCCCGUAGUGUACAUAGAAUGAUACUUGGUACAUAGGAGUGCAGCUUUCCCUGGCUUGAUGUAUUUUGACUACUGUCUUGUUUUUGUCUUUAAGAUUGAUGCACUACAAGAAGUGUUGGAAAAACUAAAAAAUAAACGACUCCCCUCAUUUGAGAAAAAAUAUGGACAGGUACCCAUGGUAAGUGAUCCCUUUCUUUCCUGGCAGGAGAGCAUUCUUUAUGAACAAACGGCUAACCCCAACAAGGUAUUCCCAGUCGUUAUUAACAGAAUAGAAAGAAAAUUAGUAAUUUAACGAGAGUUCCAUGAAGAAUACAGCAGUUACUCCUCCCCUGUACGUAGAACACUGUACAUGUAGGUACUCCUUGGCCAGGAGUUGAACCAUUCUUAACAUUAAAAAUAAGAUAGAUACUUACAUUUCAAGUUCCUGCAUUGGGUGCAAAAGCCCAAGGCUGUGUGCAUUCUGCACUGUAACCAGUAAGUUACUCAGCCAAUCAGAAUGCUCAUUUAAAAUUCAUCGCACUGCUCAGCUUAUCCCAUAAGCAGGGUAUUAUGGUCACAACAAGGGUUUCUGGGAGCUCUACUUCAAUUGUAGAACAGCUAGAUGAUAUAAUGUAAAGAUAAUGAUAUGACAGAGCAAACACUGUCAAUUAGAAGAGAGGGGAAGGAAGAAGCAUGAGCCUAUGGGGAAAAACAAUUUUUUUGUUUAAUAUUUUUUGAUUAGUGUUCAAAUGAGUUGUGAAACAGAACUAUGGAUCACAAGGCAAUAAAAAAAAUAAAAAUAAAAAAAAAAAGCACAGGAUUUUUUAAAUUCAAAAACAAAAUAAAUUCAAAGUGAAUUUAAAUUUUAUGGUCAAACUACAAGCUACAAGAAGAGUCAGGUAUGCUCCUCUGGCCGUAGAUAGGAUUAUGAAGAAAACAAGAAAUUCGAUACUUAGGGACUUAUUAAAGGGACACUAUAGUCACGAGAACAACUACAGCUUAUUGCAUUUGUUCUGGUGAGUAGAAUCAUUACCUUCAGGCUUUUUGUUGUAAACACUGUCUUUUCAGAGAAAAUGCAGUGUUUACAUUACAGCCUAGUGAUAGCUUCAGAUGGCUGCUAAAGGUGCUUCCUGCUGCACAGUGUGACUGCCAUUCAGUGUCUCCAUCCUCUGCAUGCACACACACUGAACUUUCCUCAUAGAGGUGCAUUGAUUCAUUUCAUCACUAUGAGGAGAUGCUGAUUCGCCAGAGCUGUGUUUAACUUGUGUUGGCUCUGCCCCUGAUCUGCCUCAUUCACAGUCUCAGACAAUCCUAUGGGGAAGCAUUGUGAUUGGCUCAGAACAACACUUCUGAUUAUGUCAGCAGACAGCUUGCUAUUCUGAGGCAGACAUGGGCAGAGCCAGCAGCUUCAGGCUUGAAUACAAGUAAGAUUUUACUAUAUUUAUGGAGUCAAGAGAGGGCCAGGGUGGCUAGAUGGUGGUUUUAACCCUAUAGAGUCAAAAAUAUAUGUUUGUGUUCCUGACCCUAUAAUGCUCCUUUAAAUAACCAGUGAAUAGCAGUGAGCUGAAACCAAAUGUAGGCCAAAAUUGCUGAUUAAAAAAAAUUCUCAAACUCAGGUAUAGUAACAGAUUAUUUAGGCUAUAAUUUGCAAUUCAGUUUACAAUUCACUACGAUUGUCUGUUUAGUGUAAAAACGCCACUAAUUUGAUUUGUUUGAUAUUCAAAGUAAUAUAAAAUUUUAGUUUAUGCCUUAACUGUAAAAAAAUUUCACUCCAGCCGGUUUCUCUAAAAUUGGAAUUCCCUCACAGGGUUUUUCACUAAAGGGAGAAUUCAAUGUAAAUUCAAAGUAAAUUUAAAACUUAACGUGAAAAUAGUCAAACUGAAGAAAAUAUCUGUCAAUUAUGCUUUCCGUUUAGGUAUUCUGGCUUUAAAUUUGAAAUUCUCUCUAAAUUCACUUUGAACUCACAAUUUAGUAAAUAGCCCUAGUUGGUGAAAUCCCUGAUAGAUAAGGGGAAAUAGGAAAUAGCACUAUUUGUAAUUUUAUGGAAUCGUCAUCUUCAUGACAUAAUCACAUGUUGAAUUUUCAUACACACACCGGCAACAGACCAACUGUGAAAUAUAACAUAACCCAGAUGGGACAUAAAUCAAUGAUUAAAAAAUGCUAAAUAAACUCAGCAAUCACUUCCGGUAAGUUCCCUAAUUUAUAAACAGAUAUUAUUAAAAUUCUAUGUUAAAUGAAACUACUUUUUUUAUCCCAGCUAUUUUGGUAUAAAAACUCAACAUUUCACAGAUGCUCCUCCUCUCUACCCUCCCCAUCCUUGGGCUCAGGGUUAAUAAUAAUAAUAAUAAUAAUAAUAAUAAUAAUCAAUAUAGCGCCUACAUAUUACACAGCACUUUACAAUUAUAAAAUGGGGGAUAUUUGACGGUAAGUAAUUUACAUUCGGAAUUUAACAGACAAGAGGUGAAGACCCUGUUUAAACGAGAUUAUAAUCUAUUAAGGGCCAAAUGUAUCCAGUCUGUAACCCCUUUUUUUUUUCCCUUCAGAUUUUUCUUUUCUAUAUAUUUCUAGAAAAUAGACACUGUCUGUAUACCAAGGCGUGCGCACGGGGUGUGCCGGGUGUGCCUGGGCACACUCUAAUCACACCUCCAUGCUGCACUGCCUUAGGGCAGACUAACAUGCCCGACACAGGAGGGGGCCCGGCGGCUUGCCCUGAUGGAGAUACAGGCUCAGUCUGCAGCUCCGCCGGGAUUGAGCUGCAGACUGAAGUGUCUCGCGAUCUCCAGCCUGUCAGAGCGUUGCCGCGGGUUACCACGGCAACGCUCUGACUGACUUGAGAUCGCGAGACUCACCAUGUGGUCUGCAGCUCACUCCUGGCGGGGCUGCAGACUGAAGAGAGAGGGCGCCCACUGGACCACCAGGGAACGUAUUUAAACCCUCUGCCCCCUGUCACUCACUGCCCCUCCACCCCCCCUAUCAAUGCCCCUCCACCCCCCUAACCCCUGUCACUGCCCCUCCACCGCCCCAACCUGUCACCUCCACCUCCUCUGCCCCUCUCAAUGCUUCACCCCCCCACACCCUGUCACUGCCCUCCACCUCUCACUGCCUCUUCACGCACUUGCCCCUAACCCCUGUCACUGUCCACUCCACCCCACUAACCCCUGUCACUGUCCCUCCCACCCCCCUAACCCCUGUCUGCCCCUCCGCCCCCUUACCACUCUCACUGCUUCUUCACCCCCCCACACCCUGUGCGCCUCCACUCCACUUGCCUCUCACUGCCUCUUCUCCUGUCACUGUCCUCCACCCACUAACCUGUCACUGUCCUCCACCCCCCUAGCCCUGUGCGCGCCUCCACCCCCUUACCACUCUCCCACUUAGCUUCUUCACCCCAACCCACAAAACGCCCCUCUACCCCCCAGCCCCUGCCCGGCUGCCCCAUCCACCCCAACCUGCUCCACCCCAGCCCUGCCCCUCCACCCCCAACCCCUUGUUGCCUCACCCCCCAACCCCAUCACUGCCCUAAACCCUGUCCCUCUAUCCCCCCAACCACUGUCACGCCCCUCUACCCCCAACCCCUGCCCCUCUACCCCCCAGCCUGCCCCUGCCCUCCCACCCCUCAGCCCCUGCCCCUCCACCCACCCCUACACACAACACUUGCCCCUCCACCCCCAACCCCUGUCGCCCACACAGUGCACUUCUCACAAUCCUACACACUGUACCCCACACACACUGCAUCCCUCACAAUCACACACACACUGUACUCCUCACAAUCACAUGCACUGUACCCCUCACAAUCACACUGUACCUUUCACAAUUACACAAACACACUGUAUCCCUCGCAAUCACACACACUGCACCGCUCACAAUCACACUGCACAUACAUACAUAUAUAUAUAUAUAUAUGUAUAUGUAUGUACGCGGCGUGUGUGUUUGUGGUUUAGGGUGCACACCCUAAUGCAACAGGCUGUGCACGCCUAUGUCUGUAUAUGAUAUAUAAGUAUAAUGCUUCUCAUUGUUAUCUGUAUUUGCGUCUUGUAUUUUUGUGCUCAAUAGAGAAUAUAAAAAAAAAAAAAAAGAAAGAAAAAUAGCUCAGUUCUCCAGCAUUCUCUGUUAGUAAAUCUCUGUACACCCUGGUAUGUUCUGUUGUAGAAGUGCUAGUUGUUUGACUACCCUGAACCCCAGUGGAAUGUCCUAGUGAUGUUGUGUUCACUCAUGUGUUUCUGUUUCAGUGUGACGCUGGUGAACAGUGCGCUGUCAGGAAAGGGGCAAGGAUUGGCCGGCUAUGUGACUGCCCGCGACGGACAUCAUGCAACACGUUUCUGUUAAAAUGUUUAUAGGCAGAAUAAUAAUAUGGACCAAUACACAAUGCUGUUUGAUUUCCAUGGGAGAGCAGGAAUGACGAGGGCUCGUGUGUGAUUUGUUAUCUUUUAUUUUCUGUUUAUAGAUUUUCUAUUCUGUAUUCCAGGGAUGGGCAACUGUUGCUGGACUACAUAAUCACUCCCAGCCAUCAAUUGAAGGCUGAGGAUGAAGACAGUUGAAGUCCAGUAACAGCUGAAUUGAUGCAAACGGUCCACCCAUACAGUCACUUUCAUCCUGCCAGCAAUGGUUGGACUAGAACUACAGAGUUGUAGGAGUUGUAAUCUACCAUCAUCUGAAUUAAAGCACGUUGUCUGUCCUUGCGUCUUUUUGGUUUAUUAUAUGUUUUGUUAUUUUUAUG